UGCCAAUGUAGAUUAAUUCGAUUGACAGUAAGUUAGUGAAACAAUGGCGCGAAUUCUCCUGUUGGUGAGCUCGAUUUUCCUAUGCGGAAAACUGGGAUCGUCCUUCAUGGACAUACCAGUAAUUAACCUACCCGAAGAAAUUAGAGACGAUUUAAUCAACAUAGUCACAAAUCCCCUCAAGCUGAUCCAUAACUGUGAUUCUUCCGAUACGCAAGAAGUGCAAUAUUUGUUAUACACGAGAAAGAACCGCGACCGUCCCAUCAAACUAAACCCACAGCAGCCCAUGGAGGUGGAGGAGGGCAAACCAACGAUUUUAUUAAUACACGGUUGGAUAUCAGACUCAAACUUUUACAACAUGCCCAAAAUACGCGAAGGUUUUUUGACCAAAUAUGACUGCAACGUGAUCAUGAUUGAUUGGUCAAAAACUUCAUUUAAGACUUAUGGUCACUCUGUCUGUGCCCUGCCGGUAAUAGCAGAAGAGGUCGCCAGACUUCUUUGCAAAUUAGAUGCAUACUAUGGCGUUCCUUUAGAAUUGGUUCACAUAAUUGGGCAUUCGCUGGGAGGCCAAAUGUCGGGACUGAUCGGUCAGAGCACCAGGGAGGUUUGCCAGAAGUCGCUCGGCAGGAUUACCGCACUUGAUCCGGCAGGUCCUCUUUUCUUCGGAUUACCGGAGUCUAAACGGCUGGACCCUUCGGACGCCAAUUUUGUUCAAGCCAUUCACACUAACGGCGGAGUUUUUGGAUACCUGCCAAAAUGCGCGGACGUCGAUUUCUUCGUAAAUUGCGGCACCUACCAACACGGUUGCAUUACUAUUAGCCUUCUCAAUAUUACAAAUGUCCUCGUCUCCGAUGUUACGUGCAGUCACUCUCGCAGUCUGGAUUAUUUGGAGGAGAGUAUAUACUCGACCGGAUUUGUCGGUCACAGUUGCAAGUAUUGUCCGGUUAAAUGCAUCGCGGACCUCUUUAAUUCGAAAUCUGCGGUAAUGGGAGAGCAUACGGCAAAAGAUGCGAGUGGCAGUUUUCUGGUAACCACAGCGUCAUCAUCACCUUUCGCUCAGAAGUGUACUUCAUAUGCCUUCGGAGUUUGCUUGUAAUGAUCUUGUAAACAUUAAUAAUUAAACGAUUGUGCGACAAGA